CUCACUUGUCCCCUAAAAUACUAACAGAUAAAAUGGCGUCCGAAAACAGCUCUGAAUUGCAAGAUGAGAAAGCUGCUCUUUUAGAAACGGACUCGGCUCAAGAUGCACAAGAAGAAAGUGGUCCAGUUGCGAAACAAAGCGAAUCAAAAUUAACGCUUUAUCACUGGACGCAGUCUUUCAAUUCUCAGAAGGUGCGCCUGGCCAUAGCAGAGAAAGGUUUGCACUGUGAGGAGUACGAUGUGAGCCUACCACUCAGUGAGCACAACGAGCCCUGGUUCAUGCGACUGAAUCCUACUGGUGAAGUGCCGGUCUUAGUCCAUAAUGACAACGUCAUCUGUGACCCAACACAGAUAAUGGACUACCUGGAGCACAACUUCAAUGAUGAGGGCACUCCCAAGCUGGUCCCUGAAGAGGGCAGUACAUACUAUCACAGAGUGCAGCACUACAGAGAGCUGCUGGACUCACUACAGAUGGAUGCUUAUACCCAUGGCUCCAUCCUCCAUCCUGAGAUCACAGUGGACUCCCACAUACCAGCAUAUGCAGCCACAUGCAUACGAACACAGAUUGGGAACACACAGUCGGAGCUGAAAAAACUGGCAGAGCAGAACCCAGAGCUCAAAGAUGCUUAUAUUGCAAAACAGAGGCGCUUAAAAUCUAAGUUGGUUGACCAUGAUAACAUGAAGUACCUGAAGAAGCUUCUGGAUGAACUGGAGAGUGUGAUGGACCAGGUAGAGACAGAGCUUCAGAGGAGGGUGGAAGAAACACCAGAAGAAGGCAGUCAGUCCUGGCUGUGUGGUGAGUUCUUCAGCAUAGCUGACGUCUCUCUGGCAGUAACCUUACACCGCCUCAAGUUCCUCGGCCUCUCCCGCCGCUACUGGGGCAACGGUAACCGCGUCAACCUGGAAACAUACUAUGAGCGUGUGGUGCAGCGCCCGGCCUUCAGGAGGGUUCUGGGUCAUGUCAACAACAUCCUGAUAUCUGCUGUCCUACCUGUGGCGUUUCGCGUGGCCAGGAAGAACGCCCCGGUAAUUGUUGGAACCACUCUGCUGAUAGGCGUUUUAGGAGGAGCUACAUACUUCGCUUUUCUUUACAUGAAGAAGAGGCUUACUACCUUAAGCUGAGGCCUACAAUGUCUCCAGACCACCAUAUGCAACAUCUGUCUGAGAUUAAACUGCUUCCAAAUGCUU